AUCCUCCUCCACGGCAUGUUUUCCCCGGGGGCAAUAAGAUAAGAACCACUUCCGGCUGCGGGAAAUGGCGGCGCCUUACGGCAUUUCCGUCCAAGUUCCAGGUUUUUUUUUUUAAGUGUGGAAUGGGGUCUGCCGGCCUAGCCCGGCUGCAUGGGCUUUUCGCAACCUACAAGCCUCCGGGGCUAAAAUGGAAGCAUCUGCGGGACACCGUGGAGAUGCAGCUUUUGAAGGGUCUCAACGCUGGGAAGCCUCCUGCCCCUGAACAGCGUGUUUGCUUCCUGCUGGGCCCCAUGGAAGGCAGCGAGGGGAAGGAACUGACCCUCACAGCCACUAGUGUGCCCACCCUCACCAACCAUCCCCUGGUGUGCGGACCAGAAUUCACCAGUCUGAAGGUUGGUGUGGGACACCGGCUAGAUACCCGGGCUUCUGGGGUGCUUGUGCUCGGCGUGGGACAUGGAUGCAGGCUUCUCACCGACAUGUACAAUGCUCAUCUCACCAAGGAUUACACAGUGCUUGGCCUCCUGGGCAAAGCCACAGAUGACUUCUGCGAGGAUGGGCAGCUGGUUGAGAAGACGACAUAUGACCAUGUGACCAGAGAGAAGCUGGACCGAAUCCUGGCAGUGAUCCAAGGCUCCCAUCAGAAGGCCCUGGUGAUGUACUCCAACCUCGACCUGAAGACCCAGGAGGCCUAUGAGAUGGCUGUGAGAGGCUUGAUCCGGCCCACGAACAAGUCCCCGAUGCUGAUAACCAGCAUCCGAUGCCGCCACUUCGCACCUCCAGAGUUCCUCUUAGAGGUUCAGUGUAUGCACGAGACACAGAAGCAGCUACGAAGGCUGGUGCAUGAAAUUGGCCUGGAGCUAAAGACCACCGCUGUCUGCUCCCAAGUGCGGCGCACACGUGAUGGGUUCUUUAUGCUGGACGAUGCCCUGCUGAGGACCCAGUGGGACCUACACAGCAUCCAGGAUGCUAUCCAGGCCGCAGCCCCCCGGGUGGCAGCAGAGCUGGAGAAGAGCUUAAGGCCGGUGCUGGGCACCUAGCAGCUCCCAGAUCCAGGCCAGGACUAGACUCCACAGGGACCGACUCUACCUGGGGGCUGAAGAGCUUCAAGGGGCAUUGAAAGGCCAGGCAGCUGGUGAAGCAGUGGGUGGCAGAAGAAUAAGACCUAUUCAUGAACCAGAACCAAUGGCUGUAUAGAAAGUAAAUGAGAGUAGGAAAGCUUUUCUACAUGUGACAUAAAACUCUGAAGCUGUGAGAGAAGAGACGGACAGGCUUGACCCACCUGGGACCCUGACAGAUACUUCCUUGGCCAGGUGUCAUAAAUUAUGUUGUAGUAUGUACCUUUGAUAAGAUGUGAUAAAAAUGGCACUUCUGUGGUAUUCCUCCCAAUAACCCAUAUCUCUAGUCUAAUCAUGAGAAAAACAUCAGACAAACUCUAGUAGCGGACAUCCUACAGUAUAAAAAAAAAAGUAUCUGACCAAUAAUCUUCAAAACUGUCAAGAUCAUCAAAACCAAGGCAAGUCUAAGAAACUGCCACAGCGAAGAGGAGCCUGAGGAGACAUGAUGCCUAAAUCUAAUAUGGUGUCCUAGAUGGGAUCCUGAAACAGAAAAAGGACAUUAGGUAAAACUAAGACUAUCGGAAUAAGGCAUGGACUUCAGUUAAUAAUUAAAAGUAUCAAUUGUUAUUGUUGUUAGAUGUUGUGGAGUGGAUUUCAACUCAUAGUGACCCCAUGUGACAGAACUGCCCCAUCGGGUUUUCUAGGCUGUAAUCUCUUUUUUUUUUUUUUCUUUUAAAUAUUAUUUUAUUGCUCUUGUUGAGAAUAUACAGCUAAACAUACCAAGUCAACGGUUUCUACAUGUACAGUUCAGUGACAUUGAUUACAUUCUUUGAGUUGUGCAACUAUUAUCACCCUUAUUUUCUGAGUUGUUCCUCCCUCAUUAACAUAAAUUCACCGCCCCCUAAGGUUCCUGUCUAAUCUGUUCAGUUGCUAUUGUCAAUUUGGUCCCGUGCAGAUCUUAAAAGACCACAGUGCUCAAAAAAGACAUUCUUUUCUAGUUAAGCUAAGCUGCUGUUUGGUUUUAGGAAGACUUCAGAGAAUAUUUUUGGUUUAAGGUUUAAAGAUUAUCUCAGGGCAGUAGUGUCAGGGCUCAUUCAGCCUCCAUGGCUCCAGAAAGUGUAGAGUCCAUGAGAAUUUUAAAUUCUGCUUGGCAUUUUCCCCCUUUUGAUCAGGAUUCUUCUAUAGAAUUUUGAUCAAAAUGUUCAGUAAUGGUAGCCAGGCACCAUACAGUUCUUCUGGUCUCUUGGCAAAGGAGGUUGUUCAUGGAGGCAAUUAGCCACACAUUCCAUUUCCUCCUCCUAUUCCUGACUUUCCUUCUUCCUCUGUUGCCCUAGGCAAAUAGAGACCAAUCGUUGUGCCUUGGCUGACCUCUUGCAAGCUUUAAUCUUAUUUUUGAGUACACCUCUGACAUGACCCCCUUGGUCCCCUGUCCUCCAUAGUAUUAGAAACAUAAUUCUUGUUUCAGGGUCAUCGGUAUGAGCAAUGAUGGACCAGAAUACAGUGAUACCCAUGGGGGCACUGAGUGGGCAGGGCCUCCUCUUCAUGGACUUUAGGCAUUCCCUGUCCCUGUGAAGGGGUUGUGUGUUUAGCUUUUCCCGCCCUCUGCCCAUCAGUUAUCCCUUUCACUGCUAUAAUUGUUACAUGCUCUACCCACCCCCCCGCAAGCCAGCUUGCUACUUCUAACCAGGACCAGCUAGAGUUGACACUAAAAAAAAAAUAAAAAAUGUGCAUAUGAUUGUA